CAAAAUUAUUUGCUCCUGCUCCAGUUGAGUCGAAACUCCGGAAUCGAAUGGGGGGAAUUGCGAUGAUUGUGAACGACUACUGCUUCAUGGUGGAGGCUUUAUGCGCUUCGAUUAGCCGUGAAUUUCAAACACUGCGUGAGCUGGAAGACGUUUUUCACGAGGAUUUCUGGAGGCAUCAGGCUGAGUAAGACGAAAGGCUCGUUCUCGUGGUUUCGCCUUAAGGAUUGUGGAUCGAAAGCGCACUUUGCGAUUUGAGUUUUGCAUUUCGAAUUGUGGUAGAACUAGCGUUUAGAAAGAUGGGAGAUUCUAAAGAACGAAGAGUUCGCUGGAAGGGCCGACAUGCUUGCGAAACUGCUCUUUCAGACCCAAUGUCUGCGAUUUACAGUGCCAUCAAAGCGUGGACACCUCCAAGCGGGAUGUUUGCGGAUUCUGCCGUAUUACUGCAGGUGAAUUCGGAGCAAGCUCAACUACUCAAUCGCGCAUGUUUUGGUCGGCCCUACCCACCUGCGAUUGCACCACCGCCGCCCUCUGCACCCACUUAUCCACCUCCGAUCCCAGGAUUCGAUGAUUCAGAUUCGAAAGAAGGCUUGCAGUUUUUCCAGCUCGCUUUGGAGGAGGCCUUUUAUCUCAACUAUGAAAUGAAGUGCGUAAGAAUCUAUCAUCAAUCACAUAAGGAGGAGAGGGUAUUACUGAGCCAUGACGAGCUUUGGAGACUGAUGCUGAAGAAAAAGCAGCAUUUCGUCCAACAUUACAAGGCGUACUCCCACAUGCGCUCCAAGAGAUGGGUCGUUCUCUCUGGCAUCCAGUUUGGUGCUGAUUUCAUGGCAUACCGUCAUCAUCCAGCCUUGGUUCACUCUGAUUAUGCCGUGUUGGUCAUGUUAGGAGAGGAAAGGCAGUCGAGACUUAAUACUUGGACGGAGUUGCAUGCAAUGGGCCGGUUGUGUGGCAGUGUUGCCAAGACUUUACUAUUGAUCUAUGUUAAACGCAAAGAUGCUGCGGUGGACUCCACAUUUCCUUCGUGUCUUGAGGAUUUUGAUUUGGAAACAGUGGAGGUAAACCGAUGGCUACCGGAGAAGAAUCGGGAGGCUGGUGAAACUUUAGAAGAAAAUUCUGAAUUGGGCUGAAAAUAAUUUUCUGUUGGAAGAUGCUAGAGGAGCUGCCUUAAUCCAGAUGUUUAAUGGACAUCGACUCUGUGCUGAAUAUGUACCUUGGGCUUUACCCGGCUGUAUCAUGUCUUCCUGCACACAUUUGCCAAUGAGUAAGUACUAUCACAUUCCCUGCACAUCUAGAGAGAACCGUUUGCUUCUGUCGACACCUAGUGUUACGCGAUAUCUGCUGUAUCCAUUGCAGGCUUUUCUAAGAGUAGCUCUGUUUCCUCCUCAUUCCUCUGGUUCAGUUUGCCUCUCUUCUCUAGUUCUCUUCUUAGAGAGAUUUAC